AUGUUGUGGUGUUGGUUAUUUAUGCUUCUCUUUGGAGAGGCCUUAGCUAAGAGAAGUCUGUAUGCGACCUCUCUGGUCACUUGUAUGGAGAACUCUCAGCUGCAAGCCAACAGUUUCGACGUCAAGUUCAACCCGGAUGACAGGUCGUUGUUCUACAACCUGGACAUGACCACAUCCAUCAACUCCUAUGUCUACGCCUUGAUCGAUGUCUACGCCUACGGUUUCAAGAUCAUCACAAAGGAAGUGGACCUGUGUAACAUCAACUGGAAGCAGUUCUGCCCCGUGCACCCAGGUAACAUCCAGAUAGAGUCCAUCCAGUACAUCUCAGAGGAGUACGUCAACGAAAUCCCAGGCAUUGCGUACCACGUCCCUGACAUCGAUGCUUUCGCUAAGGUGAGGAUAUACAGCCCCGAAAACCAGUACCUGGCCUGUGUGCAAGUGUUCUUCAGCAACGGUAAAACAGUGUCUCAGACCGCAAUCAAGUGGGUGAGCGCAGUGAUCGCUGGUAUCGGCCUGCUGCUGUCCGCUACCUUGUCCACUUUCGGUAACUCCAGAGCCGCCUCCCACAUCUCCGCUAACACCAUGCUGCUCUUCCUGUACUUCCAGUCCGUCGUGGUCGUCUGCAUGCAGCACGUCCAUAGGGUGCCACCGAUCGCCGCCGCAUGGACGGAGAACCUGGUGUGGUCAAUGGGCCUGAUCAGAGUGACGUUCAUGCAGAAGAUCUUCAGAUGGUACGUGCAGUCCACAGGCGGAACCCCUGACUUGUACCUGACUUCCAAGACACAGAGUGUGCUGACCCAGAGAGCCAUCGACUACAUCAGAUCAUCAACCGUCUACAAAAGAGCAGAGGAAGUCCUGUACGGUAACCAGAACACUAUGAUUUUCAGAGGCAUCAAAAGACUGGGAUACCAGAUGAAGAUCGAACCAACCUCCAUUGUGCCCACCGGCUUCACUUUCUUCGUAUUAUGCGGUUACUUACUGGCCGGCGUCAUCAUCGCCGCUAAGUACGCAAUAGAACUGUGCAUAAGGGCUGGGUGGAUGGACAAGAGGAGGUUCUUCGAGUUCAGACAAAACUGGCGCUUGAUCUUGAAAGGUGCUAUCCUGAGAUAUAUCUACAUCGGCUUCGUGCAAUUGACUAUCCUCAGUUUCUGGGAGUUCACACAACGUGACUCAGCAGCCGUCAUCGUUAUUGCGUGCCUGUUCGUCGUGCUGUCCUGCGGCCUGAUGCUAUGGUCUAUCUUCAGAACUUACCAUUACGGUCAAAAAUCCAUCAGACUCUACAACAACCCUGCCGCUUUACUGUACGGUGAUGAAUAUGUUCUGCACAAGUAUGGUUUCUUCUACACAAUGUUCAGUGCUAAGUUCUACUGGUGGAAUGGCGUGUUGCUAUCUUACCUAUUUUUGAAAUCCUUGUUUGUUGGCUUUGCACAGGCGUCUGGUAAGACACAGGCCUUGGCUAUUUUCAUCUUUGACUUCUUUUACACAAUUGCUAUCAUCAGAUAUAAACCAUACCUGGACAAACCUACAAAUGUCAUGAACAUACUGAUAUGUGUGGUUACUUCUAUCAAUUCAUUCUUGUUCAUGUUCUUUUCAGAUUUAUUCAAGCAAGGCUACCAAGUGUCAGCAGUCAUGGGCUGGGUGUUCUUCAUCUUGAACGCAGCUUUCUCCUUAAUCCUAUUGCUAAUGAUCUUAACAUUCACAUUGCUGAUGGUAUUCUCCAAGAACCCUGAUUUGAGAUUCAAGCCUGCCAAGGACGACAGAGCUUCAUUCCAAAAGACUGGCUUGUCCAAUCCAUUCGAAGACUCACCUUACUCUGGCGAUAAUAUGGGCUCACCAUCUACCUUCUCAUCUGAAUCACCUUACAAUGAAAAGAAGAAGAACAGAAAAUACACUGCUGCUGACGAACUACUGGCUCUAGGUAAUGUUGCUGAGGAUCACGAUAACUGGGAAGAUCAGAUACACAACGAGAAGCCAGAAGCGCAAAAUGGAUUAAUGUCACCAUUCAUGGAUGUGAGUGAAGCAGGAUUCAUGGACAACAGCAGUAACAGCAACACAUCUGCAUCUGAAAAUGAAAAGAAAGAUAUGCCUCAAAGGAAAGUUUCAUUCCCUGGAAAGAUUAUGAGAGCGUUGUCAUUACGUGGGUACAAGGAUAACUACAAUGAACCAAAGAGUUCUAUAAAUAAGAAGGCAGUUCUUCCCGAUAGGAAUGUGGAAGGUACGCUCGAUCCAUCAUCAAAUCACGAUGGUUUUUAUGACGGCGACAACGAUUUUGAAAGAGAACAUACCAAUCCUUUUGACUCCGACCCAGAAAAUGCUUUCUCUACGCCCGACGCAAACUUGGGAAGAUUCGAUACCGAUGUAGAAACAGAAUCAUUUACUUUCUCCUUGAACAGGAACUCAAAUAACAAUAACAUGCAAUGA